UCGUUCUACAGCACCGAGAUUUCGAGCGAAGCGAACGCCAAUGCCAUCAAUUCAUCCCGGCAAUUAUCAUCAAUUACUGCCAUCUCGAAUCGAAGGAUGGGUCGCAGGGGCAAUACAAUUUUUAAAUAUGGAUCGAAAGAGCUGGGAUGCUCUGAAGUUGGAGCCGCUCGUGAUCAAACGAAAGCGUUCCGUGACAGUGCGAUCAAGUUGCCUUUAGUGCUAAUAGACAUGCUGCUUUCGGUCACUUACCAUCCAAGUCUUCUUCAUGCAUGUCACGUCAUUGGAUAUAGUGUUUCAGGUCAAUAUACUUUUUGUACCAAACUCCUGGAUAAAAGAUGCUACUUUAUACACGAAGCAUGUAUUAACAUAGAAGUACUUCUUGAUAUAUUCAUUAGGUAG